GCCCAGACUGCCCAGCUGAAAAAUCCACGCAAACUGCUGACACUCGGAGGGUGGCAAGUGGCCCCAGGGCAGCAAGAUGGAGUCAGACCGAGAAACCAUUNACCUUCAACACAGGCACUCCAUGCGCGGAGGGAACCAGCGUAUCGACCUGAACUUUUAUGCCACCAAGAAGAGUUUGGCAGAGAGCAUACUGGAAGUGGCGCUCUUUAUGUCCAAUGCCAUGCGGCUGAAAUCAGUGCUGCAGCAAGGGCCAUUCGCGCAGUACUACACCACCCUCGUCACCCUCAUCAUUGUCUCUCUGUUCUUGCAAGUGGUCAUUAGCCUCCUCCUUGUGUUCAUCCCCAUGCUGAACCUGAAUGAGGUAGAGAACCAGAGGCAUUUAAAUAAGCUCAACAAUGCUGCCACCAUCUUGGUCUUCAUAACUGUGGUCAUCAAUAUUUUUAUCACUGCUUUCGGAGCACACAAUGCAGGCUCCAUGGCUGCCAGGACCUCCAGCAAUCCUAUUUGAUGACUACGUAGGUCCCAGG